AUGACAGAGCCCAACCAAACCCGCUUCAACCAAGAAGCCGCAAACUGGGACUCCAACCCCUCGGUCGUCCUCGCCACUGAACUUGCCGUCGAAUCGUACCUCCCUUUCUGCAGCGCCUCGUUUGAUAUCCUCGAUUUGGGCUGCGGGACAGGCCUUUUGUCUCUCCUUCUCGCUCCUCAUGUGAGAUCGAUCACAGCAGUUGAUUCGGCCUCGGGAAUGAUCGAUGUCCUCACAGCCAAGCUUUCUUCCUCUGGCUCUCACCAAAACGUCAAAAAUGUUCUCGCUGUGUGCGCACUUUUGCAGGACCCGGAUGAUGCAAGGCUUCAAAUCGACCCGUUGACAAAAGCCACCCUGGGAUCUGAGACACGGGCGAGGACGUUUGACCUUGUGGUUUCGCAUCUGGUAUUGCACCAUAUCCCGGAUCUGGCGGCCGUUUUCAAGACGAUUUACGGGUUGCUGAAACCGGGAGGCAAAGUUGCGGUGACUGACUUUGAGGACUUUGGGCCCGAAGCGAGGAAGUUUCAUCCCGAGAGCAAGAUGGAUGGGGUGGAGAGGCAUGGGAUCAAAAGAGAGGGUAUUCAGGAGAUCAUUGAAGAGGCUGGAUUUGAGAGCGUGACGGUGGAAACAGCGUUCGAGUUGCCCAAGAGGGUGGAGAGUGAGCCUGGAAAGGGGGAUAUUGAGAGCGGGCCGACAAAGGUUUUCCCUUUUCUUAUCUGCAGCGGCACGAAGCCAUGA